CGAGGAAGAAGUGAUUAAUGAAGAUGAAAUUGAUGCUAUGCUGGAUGAAGGAAUGCCUUCCAUGCCAAAAGCCAAGAAGAGGAUCGGAAAGGAAACUCUGAAUGCCAAACUUUUGCUACCUUUUGACGAUAAAGAUUUUAUGCUGCCAAGAGUUUGUGAAAAAAUUUUACUAGUUGAUAGAGGUCGCAACCCAUUCGAUAUUUUGCCGGAGGGUUGGAUUGUGGUCACUCAUACGAGCGGCAUGCCGUUGUAUUUGCACAAGAAGUCGAGAGUGUGUACCCUGAGUAGGCCCUAUUUCAUCGGGGCUGGUAGUGUUAGGAGGCAUGACAUUCCAGUGAGCUCCAUUCCAUGCCUGCAGUACAAGAGAGCCCUAGAGGAGGCAGCCAAUCAGAAUCAAGAUAUAAAUAACUCGACGGGGAAUCCCAAUCUUGAGAAUGAAACUACUACUACAGCUACUAUUACUAACAAUGAUAAUAAUAGUAAUAUGAUUCCUCCUUCAACGAUAGCUACAUCAACUAAUAAUUCCAUGUCUAGUAAUGCUACUACUACUUCUAUUACUACUACUACUUCUGCUGCUACUGCUACUACUAGUUACAAUAUUGGUACCUGCCCAAAAGAUUUCCCCCCAAUUCCUGGACUGCCUCAUGUGUCCCGCAAGUUGAAAGUUCAAACAUUUGAAGAGCAUAAGAGAACUAAUAGCCUAGAUCCGCUGGCCUUUAGGGAAUACUGCCAGAAGUUGUUUGAGUUUCGAACUAUAACCAUCAGGAGAUUCAAACGUUGGAAGGACAGACGGAAGCACAACCAGAUCCUGAAGAAUGCAGGCCGCCCGUCCCUGGCCCCGAACACUCGACUGAUCACCUGCCAGUUGCAGAACGACAAGGGAGCUCCACAUCAUAAUAAAAAGAAAGAAUUUGUGAUAAACCCGGCUGGGAAGUCAGCUGUCUGCAUACUACAUGAGUACGCCCAACAUGCUAUCAAGGUUCAGCCUAAGUAUAAGUUCACCGAGUUAGAAAACUCCCAGACGCCGUACAGUGCUACGGUCAUCAUAAACGAGAUACAUUAUGGUACAGGCUAUGCUAGCAGUAAAAAGUUAGCUAAGUUGGAAGCAGCAAGGGUAACAUUGGAUAUUCUGAUACCAGAUAUCAACAAAGAAAUCAACGCUCGUGCCGCCGCUACCACUGCAGCUGCCACUGCAUUCUUCGACAGCAUAAGAAUUCAAGAUCCACGUCUCUUGAGCUUGUGUGCUACGGCCGGCCAUCCAACCCCCUAUCAAAUACUUCACGAGUGCCUGCAUAGAAAUUAUGGCAUGGGAGACACAGACAUCAAGAUGGAGAUGAAACCGCUGAAGAGGCAGAGGAGUGAGUUCAUCAUGAAGGUCGGAAAACACGAAGCGAAAGUGAUCUGCAAGAACAAGAGAGAGGGCAAGCAGCAGGCGUCCCAGGCCAUCCUGCAGCUGCUCCACCCACACAUCAAGAACUGGGGGUCGUUGUUGAGACUCUACUCUAAGGCCAAUGAAGCUCAAGAAAAAAGGGCGGAGGAACACAGUGUUACAGAACUGCAGACAAGAGCCCAGCCGAACAGAGCUAUUCUAAGCAAGCUGAGGAGAGAGAUGAAUAAAUUAUACAAUAGUAGAAACCUGUUUGAAUCGAAUGCCACUGAAAGAAUCCACGUCAUAGGCCACCAGAUCAGAUCUGCAGAAUUAGGCAGCGUUGAAUUGUAAUUCUAAUAUAAAUAAGUUAAUAUUAUAACUAUAAUAUAGUUAAUUAAUUAAUUAAUGUUAUAAGUAUUAUACAAUGAAUUAAUGUCACUGUUAUAAUUGUGGUUCAGUAAUUAAAUAAUAAUGUUAUUUACUAUGUUACACAUAUUGCACUGUUGUUGCUUUACGAUUGUACAUAUAUGUAUGUGUAUUUGUGUUGGUAGAUAGAUAGAUAUAUAUAUAUACAUUUAUUAUAUAUAUAUUUUAUAAAUCCAUGGUCUAAUAAAUUUGUUGAAAUCAA